UACAGCUUACAGUUUCUUAGCUUAUCGUAUAUACAGAUCCCUUUUCUUUACGUUUCGAAUUCCCCAUAUUUUUGGAAUUCGAAAACCAACAAUGGCUUCCCCUGCAACUAUCCCGGAGCAUCAAGAAGUCAUAUCCAUCGACAAUGAAAACACCACCACCACUCAACGGACCUUCGCCUUGCCUGUAGAUUCAGAAAACAAAGCCACAAAGAUGAAGAUCUUCUCUGUAGCACAACCCCACAUGCGAGCCUUCCAUCUCUCAUGGCUUUCCUUCUGCACUUGCGUUAUCUCCACCUUCGCCGCCGCCCCACUUGUUCCCAUCAUCCGUGACAACCUCAACCUCACCCGCUCCGACAUUUCAAAUGCUGGAAUCGCCUCCGUCUCCGGCAGCAUCCUCUCACGCCUCGCCAUGGGAGUGAUCUGCGACCUUGUGGGUCCCAGGUACGGUUGUUCGGUGAUCAACAUUCUUGCUGCUCCGGUGGUUUUCAGCGUCUGCUUUGUCUCAGAUGCUGGUGGUUACGUAGCGGUGAGGUUCAUGAUUGGGUUCUCACUGGCGACAUUCGUUUCUUGCCAGUAUUGGACGAGUGUGAUGUUCAAUGGGAAGAUUAUUGGGGUGGUGAACGGUGUUUCUGCCGGGUGGGGUGAUGUCGGAGGUGGGCUUACUCAGCUCCUCAUGCCGGUGCUCUUCCAUGUGAUCACCGGGAUGCUCGGAACUACGCCGUUUACGGCGUGGAGGAUCGCUUUCUUUAUUCCUGGAUGGUUUCAUUUGAUUGCUGGAGCUCUUGUAUUGGCUUAUGGCCAAGACUUGCCUGAUGGUAACUUUGCUCAAAUUUAUAAGGAGGGUCGGGUUGCAAAAGAUAAAUUCUCCAAGGUAUUCCGAAAUGCAAUCUCGAAUUAUAGGACGUGGAUCUUUUUCUUGAUCUACGGAUAUUCUAUGGGCAUACAGUUGUGCUUGAAUAAUGUCAUCUCUGAAUACUUCUAUGAUAGGUUUAGUUUAAAGCUUCACACAGCCGGAGUUGUCGCAGCCAGUUUCGGGAUUGCUAACUUCUUUACACGUCCGUUUGGUGGAUAUGCUUCUGACCUAUCGGCUCGAAAAUUCGGGAUGAGAGGUAGAUUAUGGACAUUAUGGAUAACACAAACCCUAGGAGGCAUUUUCUGUAUAUGGUUAGGUCUAUCCAACUCUCUACCCAUCGCCAUCUUGUCGAUGAUGCUUAUGGCCAUGGGAUCACAAGCAGCUUGUGGAGCAACUUACGGCAUCAUUCCCUUUGUUUCCCGACGAUCUCUCGGCAUUCUAUCUGGUUUAACCGGAGCUGGUGGCAACGUUGGUGGUGGUUUGACACAGCUAAUAUUUUUCUCCGGUGUAAGAUUUUCCACAGCAUGGGGGUUAACAUGGAUGGGAGUGAUGACAGUGGUUUUAUCGAUUCCUGUGGCUUUUAUCCAUUUCCCACAAUGGGGGAGCAUGUUUUUUCCGGCGUCAAAGAACGAGAAGUACAAUGAAGAGUAUUACUAUAGCUUGGAGUACAGUGAGGAGGAGAGAGAAAAGGGUUUGCACAUCGGAAGCAUGAAGUUCGCCGAGAACAGCCGGGCGGAGCGUGGGAAGAGAUCGGUGGUUGCGCUUGCCCAAACCCCGCCGAAUACGACACCAAACAACCACGUUUAAAGGGAUCUUGGAGAAAUGAAUAAAGAAAGCAAGGGUUAAGUAAAGAAAAAGACAAAAUAACUAUAUAAAAAGUGGACAUUUCAGCAUGAAUCACACCGUGGUGGUAUACGCAGACGUACAUAUAUAUAUUAAGCCGUACUUGUUGGAGCCUUUGCUUAUCCGUAAAUUUCUCG